AUGCUUGUCAUCGUCGCUCAAGUGGCAAACGCGCUACACAGGUCGAACGUUUUCUUUGAUGUUGCCAUCAACCAGCAGCCCGCUGGCCGGAUUGUGUUCAAGCUGUACGAUGACAUUGUUCCGAGGACUGCGAAGAAUUUCCGGGAGUUGGCCACCGGCCAACAUGGAUUCGGUUACACCGGGAGUACCUUCCACCGUGUAAUCCCGAACUUCAUGCUUCAAGGCGGCGACUUCACCAACCACAAUGGCACUGGUGGGAAGUCGAUAUAUGGCGCGAAAUUCGCUGACGAGAACUUCAAGCUCCUCCACGACAAGCCCGGCUUGCUCUCCAUGGCGAACGCUGGCCCCAACACCAACGGUUCACAGUUCUUCAUUACUACUGUCGUCACUCGUUGGCUUGACGGCAAGCACGUCGUAUUCGGCGAGGUCGUUGAGGGCAUGGAUGUGGUCAAGCUCAUCGAGUCGAAGGGCACGCCAUCGGGCUCGACCAAGGGCAAGAUCAUGAUCACCGGCUCCGGCGUGGUCUAA